AUGCCUCCAAAACAGCCUCGGUCUCAAUCUGCCGCCAGCCGGGUCUAUCUCCUGAUUUACAACACCACAUGCGCCUUCAUCUGGCUGCGCAUUCUGUUCACCGCCGCCACCUCCCUCAUCUCAUCCCCAGAUGUUGCAACAUUUCCAUUGGCAUACCGCACACUCGAGCCCUGGACUCGAUUUGCUCAAACUCUCGCGAUCGCUGAGAUCCUCCACGCUGCGACUGGAAUCACUCGGGCGCCCGUUUUUACCACCUUCACCCAGUCCUUUGCCCGUUCCGUUCAGGUCUGGGCGAUUAACUAUGCAUUCCCCAAGGUGACUGCGCCCUCGCCGGCUUACCUUGUUAUGCUGCUGGCCUGGUCCACGGCUGAUGUAGUCCGCUACCUUUAUUUCGCAAUCAUGCUUGCUGGUUCUUCCAUUGCAGAAAUACUCAAGUGGUCCAGAUACUCUCUUUUCAUCGUUCUCUACCCAGUCGGAAUCAGCAGUGAAUGGUGGUUGAUGUAUAAGGCGACGACAGUCACAUCUAAUAUGACCGUGAUGGGCAUUUUCUACUUUUUCCUCGCGCUUUACGUACCUGGCUCGGUCAUGAUGUACUCGUACAUGCUGAAGCAAAGACGCAAGGUUUUGACUCAAGGUUAA